AUGGCGGAGAACGGGAAAGACGGCAAGCAGACGGUGGAGGAGAAAUUGAAAGUGGCCAAAGAGAGGAGGGAGAAGCUCCUGAAGAAGAAGGAGGAGCGGGGCAAGGGCAGCCGCGCGAGCACCGUGUCGGGGGCCACCCCGGACGAGCCGCCCAAGGAGCUGCCACCUCCGCCUGGCCGGCCGGUUGCCGUGCCGCUGGGCCUGACCCCGAGGUUCCCCCUCGACGAAGCGGCGAGCAAGGGCGUGGAGGAGCAGCGCGCAGAGGGCGCGUUCUACAGCAUUGGCCCCGAGGGCGGCAACGAGGUGGGCGUCGUGCUCUUCCCCGACCUGUGGGGCUGGAGCGGCGGGCGCACGCGCGCGGUCGCCGACUUCCUGGCCAUGAUGCUCAACGCCGUUGUAGUGGUUCCCAGGCUGCUGGACUCGCCCCCGAUGGACGGUGGCACCAACGGCGACGGCCUGCCCCCGGACUUCGACGUGGAGGCCAGACAAGAGGACCUCCGCAACUGGCUGCUCAAGCACAGCUGGGACGUCCUGGAACCGAAGGCGAAGCGCCGCUGGCUCGCCACGGCGUCCUGA